AUGAAUCGAUGCAGUGUGACUAAAUCGAAGGGAGAAAGCAAGAAUGUGAAGGAAGAUAUUGUGACUGAACCGAAGGGCCGCGGCAGCAGGCGCGCCAAGGCUGAGGAUGAUGCCGUCGAAGACAAGGGCGGCGUAAAACGCGCGAAGGAAAAUGGUGUGGUGGGAGAAAAGGGUGGCGGCAAACGCUCAAAAGAGAGCACCGCGGUCGAAGAAAACGGCGUCGUGAAGCGCGUAACGGAAAACGGCGUGGUAGGAGAAAAGGGCGGGGGCAAACGUUCGAAGGAGUCCACCGCGGUGGAAGAGAAAACAGGGACGAAGCGCGCCAAGGUGAACAACGGCCGCAGCGUCAGCCGUGUGGAGGCUCCACGUCAGCCCAAGGCAGAGAAAGGGGGUAAGGGAAAACCUCCACGUCAGCCCAAGGAAGAAAAAGGGGCGAACGGGAAGGCUUCAGGUCAGCUCAAAGGAGCGGAAAAAGAGGCGAAGAAGGCGCCUGGGAAGGCGAGGAAGCGCGGCAAGGCUCCAGCGAUCGACGACGACAUGAUUCAAGUGAAGCAGGCUCCGCUCGCCGACUCAGGUGCGAUGCAGACUCUGCUCGUGAAUUCAGAGGAAGCUGCGAUCGUGCUCACGCACCCGUCGGAUCCAGCAGCCGCAGCCGCGGCGGCGGCGGCGGCGGAGAAGAAGGCGCCGGUGCGGCAGCUGCUGGACUUCGUGUUUCACGACGCGGACGGCGCGCUCAUGCCGCUCGACAGCUUCGAUGCGCUGGCGGCGCGCGGGGAAGGUCUCUUCGCGACGGGCGUCAUUCUCCCCGAGACCGCCGCGCUGCGCCAUAUGGAGGGUUACAGGUGCGAGGCGUUCGGGCCCAUUGACGGGUGGUACAUCGACGGUUACGAGAAGGCGAACACGGCGGCGCGCAUCAUGAUCACCACGGACGCUGCCACGUACGUCUGCUGCCGCCCCGCCGCCCAGCAGAAGAAAGACUUCACUCCGCUGCAGGACAAGGCCAAUCUGUGCGUGGAGGUUUUCAGAGCCCUUUCCAAGCCGGACGGGGGCGACCCUACCAUUUCCCUGCCAGAGGUGGUGGCUCGCGUGUCAAGGGCGCUGGGGCGGCCGUGCAGGGACGACCUGGUGGCGGCGCAUGCAUUUGUGGUGCAGCAGCUAUGCGGGCUGGACGAGGACGCGGAUGAAGACGACCAGCUGUUCUCAGGGCUGCCUGCGCUAGAGUCUCUGAAAGAGGAGGGAGCCAAGCACGCAGCUGUCCGGAGCAUUGUGGAAGCCAGGCAAGCCAGCGCCAAGGAACACACGGGCAAGAAACCAGCUGCUACAAACGGAGCCCUCGUUAUAAGAGACACCGCUGGCGGUAGCAGCAGCAGCAGCAAGGCCGGCGUGGGAGCAAGUGCGGGUGUUGACGACGACGAGUUGGCUAGGCUGGUAGCGGAAGAGGAAGAGAAGGAAGCAGAGGCGAAGAGAGGGGGUGGGCGGAGGAAGGGGGCUGGGGGCGGCCGUGGGCAGGAGCGGUAUUUGAAGAUCAACGAGAAGGAGCUGGCAGAUGACUACCCGCCUCCCAGAUACUACAAGAGUGUGGACGAGGAAACGGACGAGUUCCUCCUGUUCGACGAUGCCGCUGCUCCAUUGCACCCCGACGACCUGCCUCGGCGUCGCCUGGACGACUGGGCUCUCUACGACGACCAGCUGCGCUUCGUGCCUCUCGAGCUGCUGCCCAUGCUUCCGGGAGUUGCCGCCGACUCCCUCGUGUUUGGGUCUGGCGUUAUGAUGGAGGACGAUGGCAGUGGGUUCAGCCUGGACGACCCUACUGUUGAAUCCGCUGGCACUACUCGGGGUGACGGUGCUAGUGGUUCUUCAGGUGGCGCUUCAGGUGGUUCUUCAGGUGGUUCAGGUGCUUCAGGGAGCGGAUCCGGGUCAGGAUCUGAUCCUGCAGCAGCGGAUGGUGGUGAUGGUAGUGGUGGUGGUAUUCGGGUGUAUCUGAGCGCAAUCAAGGAGUGGAUGAUUGAAUUCGGGGCGGGGAUGCUUUUCGUGACCAUUCGAACCGAUGGGGCAUGGUACAGGCUCGGCCGCCCCUGUGCCGCCUAUGUCCCCUGGUACCGCCCGGUUCUGCGCACGGCCAGGCUGGCAAUCCGAGUCAUCGAGAUGCUGAGUGGCGAGUCCCGGGCGGCGCGCUUGUCUUUUCUGGACGUGGUGACGAAGCUGGCGCAGGAGCGGGUGGCGGAGAAGCAACAGAAGAGCGGCAAGGCGCCGGCGCGCGGGGACUUAGCUAAGUGUUUUGCUGAAAUGGAGCGGUUUUUAGUGGUGCAUGGGAAUAUUAUCCUGCAGCAGUUUAGAGAGUACCCGGUAGAGACGAUCCGCCGGAGCCCCUUUAUAAGCACGCUGCGAGAAAAGAUGGAGAUGCGGUCGCAUACAGAGCUAAAGGUGAAUAAGAAAAAGGCUGCUAUGAUUGUCGCAAGCAGAGGUAGCAAUGGGCGUGGUGGGGAUGACGGUGGGAGUGCGAGAAACGCCAAUCCUGCUGCGGCUUUAAGGCCGGAUGCUAGUAAGAGGAAGCCCAUGCGUGCGACCACGACUCAGCUGGUCCACAGGAUCUGGAAGGAGUAUUACGAACGGUUCGGAUUGAAGCGGGAUGAGGUGGGGGCGGGGAAAGGGGGGAGUGAGGGAGAGGAGAAUGGGAAGGUGGAGGGUGAGGAGGUGGAGGAUGAGGAGGAAGGAGGUGAGUUGAAGGAUGGGGAUAGUGAGGAUGAGGAGGAGGUUGAGGAGGUAGUGGGUGCGAGCCAAGCAAAGGGGAGUAAAGCGAAGGGGAUUCAAACGAAGAGCGCCGAAGCAGAUAAGGAGACCGGUGCGACCGAUAAGGAUAAGGAAAAAGCAGCUGCUGCUGGUGGUGGGGCUGAGAAGGGGAAGGAGACUGCUGCUGGUGGAACCAAGGCGAGAGCAGUUAAGGAUUCCACUCAGGGCGUGACAUGGGUGGGCACAAGCACAGGCCGCACAGAGGAAGACCAUCCUGCCUACGCGGCAGCCUCAGUGUGGGGGUUAGAAGUCAAGGCAGGGAUCGUGGUGCUUGCAGCUGUGGCAGAGGGUGACGAUGAGGGGGACGAGGGGCGGUGGAGGGAGGAGGAGGAGAGGUUGGUUCUGGUGGAGUAUAUGUGGGAUGAGGGGGGCGUGGGGGGUGGUGCGGGCAGGAGGAGGGGCGAGGGGAUGAAGGCGCAUGGGCGGGUGAUGGUGAGGGGGAGUGAGACGGUGCUGGGGAAUGCGGCGGACGAGUGGGAGCUGUUUGUGUCGGAGCACUGCGUUGACUUCCCCCUCACUGCCAUCCGGGAGCUGGCAGCAGUGACGCAUCGCAAGCUGCCAUGGGGGGCGGAGCACAGGCUGAGGAACAUGGAGGAGCACGAGAGGGAGAGGGAGCGAAUGGAGAAGAUUUUCAAGGAGACCGGGCAGCGCUCCUUCUUCUACCGCCUCCUCUACAACCCCUCCCGUGGCGGCUUUUUCGACCUGCCCAAGAGCCUGGGCAGCGGAACGGGCAGAUGUUGCUCGUGUGACGAGGACACGGAGAGGGAUAGGAUGAUGGAAGUGCGGAGGCUGGGGGAUGGGGAGGAGGGAUUUGCUUACUUAGGGAAGGAGUUUCGGGUUCAUGACUUUGCGUUCUUGCAUCCGGCAGCAGUGGGGGAAGAGAGCGAGGGGAAGAAGGUCAAGAUAGCGAAAGGAGGGCGAAACAUUGGACUGCGGGCCUGGCCUAUAGGGCAGAUUGAAAAGUUUGUAGCUCCGACCGGUGGGGCAAAGGAGGUGCCUGAAAAGAUGGUGGUGAGGAGGUUUUUCCGCCCUGAAGAUGUGCCAAAUGAGGGUGAUGAGAUCGCGUAUAACGCACACAUCCGAGAGGUGUACUACAGUGAAACGCUAAUCACUGUAGAUGUCACGGACGUGAUCGGCAAGUGCCGCGUGCAGCGGGGCAAACCCACAGCAGCAGCAGCAGCGGCAGCGGCAGGGACAGAGGCGGAUCACUCGGGCUUUAACAUCGGGGGGUGUCUGGAGGAGGAGCUGAUGGGCGGCGACUUUGUCUUCUUCUGCGACCGCCUUCUCAAAGAUGGCUCUGUCCGGAUGUUGCCCCCUGGGAUUCGCUUCGGCCCUUCUUCAGCAGCAGCAGCAGCAGCAGCAGCAGCAGCAUCACCAACCAAGGACAAGGGCAAGGGCAAGGGCAAGGGCAAGAGCGUUGCUGCCGAUGACGACGCCGACGCGGAAGCUGCAGCAAUAGAGGCAGCAGCAGUGGCUAGAGCCCGGGCGAAGGGCAAGGGGAAAGCAGCUGCAGAGGAGCCAGACGAACCCACCAGCAAGACUGCAGCUGGGGCGACGCAGCAGCAGGGAAAGCAGGAGAAGCAGGAGGAGAAGGAGAAUCAGGGGAAGCAGGAGGGGCAGCAAGGGGCAGCAAACGGCAGCAAGGGCGGUGCUGGUGUGCUGCGGACGUUGGAUAUAUUCGCGGGGUGUGGCGGGCUGUCGGAGGGGCUGCAGCGGUCGGGGGCGUGUGAGACGCGGUGGGCCAUCGAGUACGAGCACCCUGCUGCCGAGGCGUUUCAGAAGAACCACCCCGAGGCCGCUGUCAUCUGCGCCAACUGCAACGUCGGGUUGGUGGAGUUCAUGACCUGCAUGUAUGCACCUGUAUCGGAGGGGCUGCAGCGGUCGGGGGCGUGUGAGACGCGGUGGGCCAUCGAGUACGAGCACCCUGCUGCCGAGGCGUUUCAGAAGAACCACCCCGAGGCUGCUGUCAUCUGCGCCAACUGCAACGUUGUGCUUAGGUCUAUGAUGGAGCAAGCAGGGCAGCUGGGCGACUGUGUGUCAACGCCAGAGGCGGAUGAAGCAGCAGCAAAGAUGGCCGAGGCGGAGAAGGGCAAGUUGCCUCUGCCCGGCCAAGUUGACUUCGUGAAUGGGGGCCCGCCCUGCCAGGGUUUCUCCGGAAUGAACCGCUUCAACCAGAACCCAUGGAGCAAGGUGCAGUGCGAAAUGAUCCUCGCAUUCCUCUCCUUCGCCGACUUCCUCCGCCCCAACUACUUCCUCCUCGAAAACGUGCGCAACUUUGUCUCCUUCAAUGGGGCUCGGACUUUCCGCCUGGCUCUGAGGACACUGCUCGCCAUGGGCUACCAGGUCCGCUUCGGUGUGCUACAGGCAGGCAACUUCGGCAUAUCUCAGUCGCGCACGAGAGCCUUCAUCUGGGCAGCAGCGCCAGGCCACGUGCUCCCCGAGUGGCCGCAGCCUCUGCACGUCUUUGCCUCCUCCCAGCUCUCCGUCCCCCUCGCCACCUCCACUGCUGGCGGUGCCUCUGCUGCUAAUGGUGCUGCUGGUGGCGCUGCUGGUAUUGGUCAGUUCAGCACAGCUAGCUCGCUGGCCAAUGAGGCAUGUCCACGUGGCCCUGCAGUGGGGGCGCCGCUGCGGUCGAUCACGGUGCGGGAUGCAAUGGGGGAUCUGCCAAGCAUUGAGAACGGGGCAGAAGAGGAGGAGAUGGAGUAUUCGUCAGAGCCCUCAUCCUGGUUCCAGCGGAGCAUCAGAUCACAGCAAUUGAAGCUCCUAGACCACAUUAGCAAGCGGAUGAACGAACUCAACUUGAAGCGCUGCCAGCACAUCCCCAAACGCCCAGGGGCUGACUGGCGGGACCUGCCAGAUAUCAAGGUGCGGCUGUCGGAUGGGCGUGAAGCAGACCUGGUGCCCUGGUGCCUACCCAACACCAUGGAGCGCCACAACAACUGGAAGGGGCUGUUUGGGCGGCUGGACUGGGCGGGCAACUUCCCCACUUCCGUGACAGACCCCCAGCCCAUGGGGAAAGUGGGCAUGUGCUUUCACCCCGAGCAGGACCGCAUCGUCAGCGUGCGCGAGUGCGCGCGAUCGCAGGGCUUCCCGGACUGGUACCGCUUUGCUGGCAACAUCCAGGCCAAGCACCGCCAGAUCGGCAACGCUGUUCCCCCGCCUCUCGCCCUGGCUCUGGGCUUGCAGCUGAGAAAGGCUCUCCUGGAGACGAGGAAGAUCGAUGGAGCAGAGGAAGACGGGAAGAGUAACGAUGAGGCCAAGUAA